CGACACAAAACAAUAAGGAAUCUCCUGCAAAGAGGAUUAGACUUAUACAUACUCACAGAAACAUAAAAACACACCAUGUCGUAUUCAACAGUGAAACGAUCACUGGAGAUUGAGGUAAUCUCAGCGGAAGGACUCAAGGUAGAUCGAAAACCAUUGAAGAAGAAAACAUACAGCGUCGUGAGAAUCGAUGAGAAAUCUUGGGCUUCCAAAUUGGACGAAUUAGGAGGGAGUUAUCCAAUUUGGAAAGAUAAAUUCGAUAUGGAAAUGCCAAUAAACGCAAGUGUAAGGUUUAUCUCCAUUGAGGUUUAUUAUCGCACAAGUAGUGGGAGUAACAAAAACGUUGGUUACGCCAAGAUUCCGGUGACGGAUUUCAUGGGAGGUUUUGCUCCACUAGGGCAUUUGAAUUUCUUGAGUUACAGGUUGAGAGAUGAAUACGGUGACAAAUGUGGAAUCGUCAAUGUGUCUAUCAUGGUGAAACCUGACGAUAAUGAUCAUAAAUCGUCGUCGUUUGCGGUGGCUCCGGUGGAUUAUGCUGCGUGUUCUUGGCAAGCUACGGCGGCGUCGAAUAAUCAAAUGUGGAGACCGAGGACAUCUUCAUCAAUGGCUUCGACUGCUGGUUAUGGCGGUGGUCGUGUAGUCACCGGAGUUCCUGUUUGAUCCCCGGGGGAAUCCGGGUUCGACACGGGAGACGCGAAGCUGUGAGGAAAACUGCGCAUAUUGAUGGAUUUGGGUUCAUCACCAUCGUCUGAUAUAAAGACGAGUCAGGUGC